UUUGCCAUGGCAACGCAUAUACAACCGGAGGUGGCGCCUCGCGGGUCAAAUGUCUGUCCAGAGAAGGACAUGAGUGACUUCUUUGCAGGUACUCUUCCUGUUUGCAAUAGAUAUGCCUGGAAAAAAGAAAGGCAAGUCCGGUGGUGGGAAAGGAAAAGCUAAAUCAAAAGGAGGAGGAGGGAAGAAAAAAGGAAGCAAAACAGGAAAGAAGGGAAAAGGAAAGGGAAAAGGCUCAAAAUCAGCAUCAGAAAAGAAAGCUCAGCCUGUACCAGAUCCCUUUAGUGUUGCUGCAAUGUUAAAUGCAUAUUACAUCUCACAUGGCCCGGUUGAGUUUCUAGCAUUUCGUGGCUAUACGUGGGGAGGAGGUGAAGGAGCGAAAAAGAAAAAGAAAGGAAAGAAAAAGAAGUGACAUUUUAUACAUUCUAGUAUAAUUCUUUCUGUGAAAAAUUUGUGGGAUGGAUUUUCAUUUAUCAUGCACUCUUUACUACGACCGUGAUACUAUUAAUAAUUGUAUUUUAUAACAAAUCUCACUUCUAUAAAUACAUUUUAUCUCUGCCUGUAAAUUAAUGAAAGAUAUUUUAUGUACCAUGCAAA